CGCUGCUCGGCGGGGAACCCAGAGAUUGCGACGUAACGAAUGAAUUUUGCAAGGCUCGUGGUUUGUGUGAGUUUUCGCGCUACCUGUUACGAAAGCUCGACGGAUGAUACAAAAGCACGUGUCUUUUCCGUGUCGGAGCGUCGAUAGUUGUGUUUGUUGGUGUUUGGUCGCGCGUUGCGGUUACCGCGAACGUUCUCGCGAGGGGAAUCCCAACGGACAGCGGACGGUGCGCCGUGAGACAUUCUCGCAGACACGUUUCUCUCACGCGCCUCACGUUAGCACGCGCGUCGUCGAAGGGAAAGCGGGCCGUGAGCGGCGCGGUGCGGCGCGGCGCGGGGCGGCCAUUUUAUGUUAGUAUGACGUAGAGGCUGGGUGUAGCUUCGCGUUCUUAUUGCCGUGUGCUGUUGUGCGCGAGGCGAGGGAAAAAAGUAACGGCCUGACGCUCGGCGUCCGAUGUUGCUGCUGCUGGCGAGCACUUGGAUGCACGCAGCACGGCGGCACGAGUGGCGUGAAGUAAUCGCCACGGUAGUCGUCUUCCCGCGGGUAGCUGUGUAGUAACGCGUUGCAGGAAGCUAGGCAGCGCUAGGUAGCCUCGAGCGCGUGAGAGCGAGUCGGCUAGCUCAUCUACCUUAACGAGAGGAGGCGAGUGAACCGAGCGGCGAGAAAGAGUGAGAAAGAGUGAGAGGGGAGAGAGAGGGAGAGAGAGAAAGAAAGAAAGAAAGAUAGAGGGUGGGAGAGAGAGAGAGAGACAGACAGCGUGCUACAGAGCAUACAAUUGUACGAAAUCGUACGUAUUAUCAACGAGCUGCUAGGUAGAGCUAGCGAGAGCGUGCCAACGGUAAGCCAAGUGUGUGUGUGUGUGUGUUCGCUGCGGCAGUGUCCGUAGCAGCGCGCGAACAUGAGCGAGGAAAGUAAUCCGCGUACCUUGUACGUGGGCAACCUGGACACCACGGUGUCCGAGGACCUUUUGUGCGCGCUCUUCUCGCAGAUCGGCGCGGUCAAAGGAUGCAAGAUCAUCCGCGAACCCGGCAACGAUCCGUAUGCUUUCGUUGAGUUCACGAACCACCAGUGCGCGGCCACGGCGCUGGCCGCCAUGAACAAGCGCUCGUUCCUGGACAAGGAGAUGAAGGUUAACUGGGCAACCAGCCCGGGGAAUCAGCCGAAGCUCGACACCAGCAAUCAUCAUCACAUAUUCGUGGGCGAUCUUUCGCCGGAGAUCGAGACGCAAACUCUGAAGGAGGCCUUCGCGCCGUUCGGCGAAAUCAGCAAUUGCAGAAUCGUGCGUGACCCUCAAACUUUAAAGAGCAAAGGAUACGCAUUUGUAUCGUUUGUCAAGAAGUCCGAGGCCGAGGCAGCGAUUGCGGCGAUGAACGGCCAAUGGUUGGGCUCCCGCAGCAUCAGGACGAACUGGUCCACCAGGAAACCACCGCCUCCCAGGUCGGAGAGGCCGAGACAUUCGAAUAAUAGUAAACCUAACUACGAAGAGGUGUACAACCAAAGUAGUCCGACCAAUUGUACUGUGUAUUGUGGAGGUUUUACAAACGGUAUCACAGACGAGUUGAUAAAGAAAACGUUUUCUCCUUUUGGCACCAUUCAAGACAUAAGAGUGUUUAAGGAGAAGGGAUAUGCCUUCAUUAAGUUUACAACUAAGGAAGCUGCGACACACGCCAUCGAGUCGACGCAUAAUACAGAAAUCAAUGGUAGCAUCGUUAAAUGUUUUUGGGGAAAAGAGAACGGUGACCCAAAUAGCGUUGGUCCUAACGCCAAUCACCAAGCUCAACAGGUGACAGCAGGAGCUGGACAAUAUCCCUACGGAUACGGCCAGCAGAUGGGUUACUGGUAUCCACAGGGCUACCCACAGAUGCAAGGGCAAUUCUUGCAACCUGCCCAAUAUUACGGUCAAUAUUAUGGACAGCAGACCCAAUACAUGAACAGCAUGAGGAUGCCUACUCCUGGUGCAGGUACUUGGCAACCGGCCCAGGCAACCGCUGCACCUCCGACAGCAAGCGCACCCUUGCCACCGGGCCAGCAGCCGACUAUGGUAACAUAUACCAUGCCACACCAAUACCCUACGCAAUGAAACUGAUUAUUGACCAGCGUCAGCUAAUUGUUACGUACGAUACAGUUGUCGCGCAGGGGCUAUCGCGAAAAUCGUUCUGUCAUAUACCUACUCCAACAUUUAUAUUCAAGUUUUCGACACAAGAUGUAGACACUUAUAAGAUAAUCGUUUUUAAGACUAACAUUAUUUCUUAAAACCUCAAACGAACGUUUGUUACAAACAAAGGAGGAAAGGGAAAAAAGGUAUGGGGUGGGGGAGUUCUCUUUGCGUAAAAGACAUUUUUUUCGCGUAUCGAAUAUAAAAGACGACUCAUCGUUACUUUCUUUCCUAUGUUCUUCUUCGUGGAAACGCGCGACCUUAAUUACAUCGAGGCCCGAUCGAAUGAUGCCACACGACUAUGUAGUAAUUAUCGUAAUGUACUUUACGAUCUUUGCUUACGCUGAUGUUGAAACAGGUAUAUCUCCGAACCCUUCCUUGCGGUCCCCUGAAAAAAAAAAAAAAAUAAAACACAACCGAGCCCCGCACACGUUGCGCUGCGCGAGCAAGUACGUACGUACGUAUGCGGCGAUUGCGUUGUUGACACCUUUUAAUAUUUUUGUCACUGAAUAUCCCCCUGGAGUCCCCUCAGUUUAAUCGCGGAUCAUUGACGAACAACGCGCGGCAAAUAUUCAUUUGAGAGAGAAAGAGAAAGAGAGAUAAGUACGGUGCACGAGCACACCGGACAUAGUUAAUAAAAUAAGGAUAGAAAAGCGAUUAGCUAGACACGGCGCCUGUGAUGUAGCUAGAUUUUCCGGACGCGUGUAUGCCAACGCGUGCGGGGCUUCUAACAAAUAAACUGCGCGAGAAUCGAGUAACGAGCUACAACUUUCCUCGUUAUGUGAUAUUUAUCGUCGGUGGUCAAUGUAUAGAACUUUGCUAUGAUUAUCUUUGAAGAGAAAUAAUAAAAGCAAGAAACACGAAGAGAGAAAGAAGAGGAGAGAGAGAAACAGAGAAAGAAAGAGAGUGAGAGAAAUGUUUUUGUUAUAAAAACGCGUGUCAGCGAAUGGAAGUUUGCUCGGGUACACGAAUACAAAUACAUUAAUUGCUACGUGUGACGUGUGUGCAUUAAUGAUGUAUCGACUCGCACAUCGCUUCGUACGUCUCGCUGCAUCCAUCACCGCGUUUCUGCCUUGCUAAAUUUCGGAACGUCAUGACAUUGCGGACAUUAUUGUCGCGAUAUUAAACGUGAAAAAGAAAACACCUAAGGAUCGAAAGUGUCGACAAAGUGGUGAUGGACGCACCGGAAAGUACAACGGGGAUCGGUGUUCGGGUAUCGCAGUUGAUAAACUAUGUUGUAACGUGCGGCAAACAAUAUAUAUAUGUAUAUGUAUAUGUAUAUGUAUAAUAUAAUAUACAUCAGUGAUAUAUAUAUACAUCAUAUAUAUAUAUCAGUGACUUCCCGGUGUCUGUAUAGACGACCUAGCCAACCAGUGAAGUGUAAUAAAUAAUUGUAAUUUAAGUCUACAUGAUAAAAAGCAGUAACAAUAAACACAUCAUUGCAUAUACUUCCAUCGGGGUAUCCUUCAGCGGACGGGAAGUCACCGAUCUAUCUCCAGUCUCGGGUCUUCGGACGCGAGCGUGAAUAUUUGAAUGCGUCGAGAGGAAGAAAAUUCGAAGAAGAUAAUGUGUAUUCCUGCGCAUAUAUACGUCAUACAUAAUUGUUUAAGUACACGCAGAGGCCGGCUGGUGACCGAUAUCCCUGUUCUUACAAUACAGCGCGAGAACGAUUAAUCGAUUGACAAUCAGCCAUGAUGUAAUACCUACACGUGUUUCCUACGGAUUGUCGUAGUCGCUCGGCAUGGCACGAUUCAAUUCCUUCGUGUCUUCCAAGUUAAUGUGUAACGGAAGUUCGCAGCAUAACUCGUCAUAGUUGCUUCUAUUCUCUUCGGCAUCCCCAUCCCGGUCGCCGGGGCUCGGGUGAUUAGGCCAAAGACACGUACUGAUAUCGGUAUAGGAAUACUUCGCGUACAUCGAAAGUCGCGUUCUUCGGACAACAAAUAUGUAAAGUGUGUCGCGAAGCGAAUUCAUCUGCCGAGUGGAUGGCGUUUCGGGCAUCCACUCGGCAUUUGUUAUUUGCAGUCACACGCACUCGCGUCGGGAAAUUAUCAGAGUGUGUGCGUAAGGCAAUAUCGUAGAUUUACCGGCAACUUCUAAUGCCUGGACACGCGAGCCCCCCCCCCCCUUCCCCUCCACACAGGAAAAAGAAAACCAUACAAUCAUUCUUCGCGAGGCAACUUCUGUUUUACCGAAAUUUCAUUGGAGCGCGUAAUUACGUUGCAUUCGUUGCGUUCAUUUCGUAUGGAGCUCGGGGCACCUGUCUUCUGUUACGAUAAAACGACAGGUGUGCUGUUCACGGGGCACCUCCGUUUCGUUUUGUAUCGCAAAAGUUCGUGAAACAAGAAAUGGAUCGAAGUGGAUCAGUUCCGAUGACGUUCGACGCGCCAGAAUGCUUAUCACACCUUUUCAGUUCACCACCGACGGUAAAAUGCCAUAAAACUGUCAAAAUCAAUUUGUAUAAAGUCAACACGGGGCGAGACGAGCAGACGGAGAAACGAAAUAAAAGUUGAAUAUAGUAACGAUAUACAAUUGACUGCGAUAAGUGAUAUCGAGCUACGAAAAAGUAAGAAAGAGAAAAAAAAGAGAGAGAGAGAGAACUAAUUUGGGGGAAGGAGGUACUUGUCUGCAGUAGAGAACGAAAAACGGUGAAAACGGAAGAUGAAAAAAAUGUUAUAUAAAAAGUAAUUUAGGUACAGCGGGGUGCAAACCCUCGAAGAUGCUUAGGGUAAUGUUAUCUUAUAAUAAAAAAAAAGAAAACAAAUUGUCCUUUGAAUGAAAAAAAAGGAAUAAAUAUUUAAAAUACA